UUCCCACCCGCUCCCACCCCGACCGCCGCCUCCGUCCUCGACGAUCUCCUCUCCGCGCCCACCCCUUCCGCCUCCGCCCUCUCCCUCCUCCGCGACACGCCCUCCCUCUCCGCCGAGCUCUACUCCACCCUCGCCGCGCCCUCCCACGCCCUCACGCCCUCCUCAUUCGCGCUCCUCCUCUCCCUCCCCUCAUGCCACCGCCUCCCGCCCCCCUCCGCGCCCGUCCUCUCCGCCCUCUUAUCCAAGAUCCUCGCGCGUCGUCCCUCCUCUCCCGUCCAAGCCGCCGGCUUCCUCUGUGCCUCCCUGGCCGCUGGCGCCCCGCCGCCAGACACUUCUGUUUUCAACAAACUCUUGGCCCCGCUCGCUCGAGCCCGAGACCUGCCGAGAAUGACCCAGCUCUUCUACUCCAUGCGGGCCGCCGCUGUCAGGCCUGACGCCGUCACCUACGGCAUACUUGUCAAUGGCCUCUGCAAAUCUGGCCGCGUGGAGGACGCCCUCAGGAUGCUCGAUGGAAUGUCUGGUUCAGACUCGGACGUGCGCCCGGAUGUCGUCACUGUGAACACGGUGAUGAACGGGUUGUGCAAGAGUGGGAGGGUCCAAGAGGCCGUGACAUUUGUGGAGGAGCGGAUGAGGAGUGUGCAUGGACAUGCACCCGACACAUUUACUUACAAUUGCUUGGCCGAUGCAUUUUGCCGUGCGGGCAAUGUUGCCAUGGCGUGCGAGGUGGUUGGGAGGAUGGAGAGGGAGGGCCUGUCACCGGAUGUCUUCACUCUGAACAUGAUUGUGGCCGCCUUGUGCCGGGCAGGGAGGGUUUGGGCUGCGCUGGAGUUCUUCAGGGAGAAAAGAACAACUUGGCCUGAAGCCAGGGGCAAUGCGGUGACCUACAGCACUCUGGUUCAGGCUUUGCUCCGCACUAAAAAUGUGGACGUAGCCAUGAAGUUGUUCCAUGAGAUGACAGAAGAAGGGCAACCACCAAAGAAAACCAUGUAUUUCAUCAUGAUAUUGGGAUUGGCACAAGCAGGGCGGUUGCAGGAUGCUUGCUCAAUGGCGUCGUCGAUGAAGAAGGCAGGCUUUCAGCUGGAUGCAAAAGCAUACAAUAUUUUGAUUGGUGGGUUUUGUAAGGAGGACAGACUGUGUGAGGCUCAUGAGUGGCUUGGGAAGAUGAAGGAAGCUGGUCUCCGGCCAGAUGUGUACACCUACACUACCUUGUUGUCUGGUUCGUGCAAAGCAGGAGAUUUCUUGGCUGUGGAUGAAUUGAUGGGGAAAAUGAUCGAUGAUGGUUGCCGGCCUUCUGUGGUCACCUUUGGUACACUUAUACAUGGAUAUUGCAAAGCUGGUAAAAUAGAUGAGGUGUUGCAGAUUUUCUGGUCUAUGGAUGAAUCUGGUGUUCAGCCCAACACUGUGAUAUACAAUAUUCUGAUCGACUUUCUCUGCAAGAGCAGAAAUGCUAGUUUAGCAAUUAAACUGUUUGAUUGGAUGAGCGAGAAGCAUGUGCCCGCAGACGUAACAACCUUCAAUGCAUUGCUGAAGGGACUUCGCGUUAAGAAUAUGCCCGAGAAGGCCUUUGAACUGAUGGACAGGAUGAGGGAAGAGAGGUGCACUCCUGAUUCCUUGACCAUUGAAGUUCUCCUUGAAUGGCUGCCUGGCAUUGGUGAAACAAAUAGAUUAAAUAAUUUUAUGCAGCAAGUGGGGUGUACGGCACCGAAAAGGACAACUACAUAAGAAUAUGCUAGUUGGCACAAUGAAUUAGUCUUUCUCAAAUUAUGUAGGCAUGAAUUUUGCUUCAGCUUAAUCAGCAGUUACAAUACCUAGGUGGAAUUUGUGAUGGGAAGGUCAGAGCUGAUGAGAAUUGUCUGCACUCUGCAAUCUCAGUCGUGGCUUACGGUGACAACUGGUUAUGUUUUUCAGUCAUUACUAGUCAUGACACUGUUGGUUGGGUACUCAUCAGUUCCUUUUUCUGGUGUUUGCAUCCAUGAGCGCCAUUAUUGAGGAGUGCAGAAAGCAGUUAUAUCAGUGCUCAGCUGGUCAGUAGAUAGUAGUGUAACAGGCAGCAACACAUUCUUGACAUGAAGCCAUCUACAUCAAAUGAGUCUCUUAUUCUCAUCAGAUAAUUAUUGUUGAAGAGACUUCGUGAUAUAGAAUAUGCCUGAAAAGGCCUUUGAAUCGAUGGAUCGUAUGAUGGAAGAGGUGGACUCCAGAUUACGUGGCCAUUGAUAUUCUUAUGGAAUGGCUGACCCGUCAUUGCUGAAACAGAAAGAUGAAAGGAUUUUAUGCAGCAAUGGGACAAUGUGGCACCCAAGAGGAUAAAUUGAUAAGAAUAUGCUUAGUCGACACCAAGGGUUUUGCUCAAAGGAGGGAGCCAUGAGUUUUGCUUCAGAUUAAUCAAGAAUAGCAAUACCAAGGUGUAAUUUGUGAUGGGAAGAGCUGCAUUGGCUAGAAAACCAGCUCCUGAAGUCUGGCUGACCUAAUAUAACGGUUGCCCCUGUGAUCAGAAUUGUUUGCGCCCUGCAAUCAUAGACAGCCAGCAGUACAUUCAGUUAUAGGCCAUACUGAAUUCUGUAGGGUCUCAUUCAUCACAUAUGUGAUUUGUGACAGCUGCCCAAGUUUUUCUGUGGUAAUCAGGGCACUGUUUGGUCAGGGGCUCAUCAGUUCCUUUCUCUGGUGUUUGCCGGCACCUGCGUUACAACUGAAGAACGCAGAAGUCGAUACAUUGCACAUUUACAACCUAAUCACUUCAGCACUCAACUGCUUAAUAGAUAGUAGGGGGCAUACAGCAGCACAUGGUUGUCAUGCAACCAUCUGUAUGUAUAUAUAUCAAGUAAUCACCUUCUUCUUCAGCAGAUAAAGGUGAUCGUUGCACUUGGGAAAGAUAAAAAACGUGAGCGUGUAAGGGUGAGAUUCUGUAAAGAAGAAAGCCUCUUUGCAUUGGCUAUAUUACCAUCUUAUAUUUAUUAUGAGUGAAGAGAUUAUCUGCAACAUGACUUAUUCUAUGUUUGCACUAUCAUUGAGUUCUAAUGGUAAAAACAUGUAUGCGCAGAUUUCUUGACAACUGUAUAAAUCUUGAUUUGAAGAAUCUAAGUGCGUUUGAAAUUAUUCGGAAUUGCAUAUUCACCAUUUUACAGCACAACUUAUCUUGGAACACUGCAAUUAAUCAGCGUAAUUUUAUAUGUGAUGGUACUCUAGUGAAUUCUGACAGAUUAUCAAACCCAUGACAGUUAGUUUACCUCAUUUUCACUGUGGUAGAAAUUGUAUGUGUAUUAAAUCUGCCUGAUGGUGGAGGAGGGACUGUCUACUUGUUACAGCAACAUAUGUAUGGUCAUGUGGUAAGACAAUCCAUAUUUAACAUCCUCAUCUUUCCAGAAAUAAUAUGCCUGUUAGUUCACUGAUUGUGGCUUUGCAUUUGAAAUCUUAGAUAUUCGAUCAAGCUCUAAAUUUUCGGUUUGUUGCCAUUAUGUUCAUGUAAUAGAUAGCAUCAGCGAGGUUGCGUCUUGCGUCUGAUGCAUAUGGCUAACAAUUACUACAUGGCCGAGACAAAAAGAAAUGCUGCCAGUUCAAAAAUGGUACUAGUUGAAAACAUCUUAACUUUGAUGCCUUGCAGGGUUCAGUUGGAAAAACUUGCUGCUCUUUUCACCAUACCUCAUCCCUGUACCAUCCUUGCUUGUCAAUUUCGUAUGUUCUUGGGACUUGCAAUGAAUCUUUGCUGAAAACAGAGGGAGGACAUCAUAGAUGGAUACAGCUGCGAUGCUGAUGGAUCGACAAUCACUAAAUUGCACCCCCCAGGAGGUGCACUGCGCUGUGCUGCAUCAUCAUGAUAAAGAGAUGCUCCUAACGGAAGAGGUCCUAACUCAGAAGGACUCAUUGUUUCAUCUGGAACGGCCAUUUCCUGGAACAAAAAGCAGGACAUGGCUGGAUGAAUAUGUUAAACAAACAUAUCUUCUGUUUUUCUUGCAUCUUCUGGAUUCUUUUGCACUCUCGUUAUCUUUGGUCUUCGCAAUGCCAACUUGUUUACCUCGAUUAUUAUGAUGCAGCAAUUAUUUUCUAUGCCUAAACUACAUUAGAACUCUUGCCAUAAGUUGUGCCCUUGUUCUGGUCCAUGUGCUCGACAUCUCACAUGCGAAAGAUGAUCUCCUUUCUGACUUUGCAAUUCUCAUCCCAGGAUCUAGUAAUGGAAGAGAUUAGUAGUGCAACAUCACCAUUAGGAGAGCCCAUGGUUCCAAUGAUCGCAAACUGUGCACCAACACUAUCAGAGAUUAAUUCCCCAAUGCUUCUCGUUGCUGAUUUCAGUACACUGAAAAAGAAACAGUCAAUAUCUCAAGAGUCAAGAGGUGCCCACGUUGUGGAAAUAGUUUGCAUGGUUGAUGAAACUGCCGGUUCUGAAAGCUCAAUGUCAUGGUUUGGUUACCCUAUGAGAAUCCUGUGUGAAAUUGAGGAGCUAAGCCAAGCCUUUUGUACUUUUACUCUUUCUUUUAUUCGUAGAGGCUACUAUAUGUGUCUACUUGUGUGCUAAGCUACCCAUUCGUGACUAGAGGUUGUGGGGUAAUGCUUCUCUGAAUCAACUUGCUAUUUGUAUCCAAACUGAGAGUAAACUUGAGCUCCUUUGAUUGUGGAAAAAAUGGUAUGCUUCAGAUUA